AUGACUAUUCGAAUCGUAUCGUAUAAUAUUUUAGUACCUAUAUAUGCUGAUCAACCUGAAUAUUUUUUUAAAUGUCAACCAGAAUUUCUUAAAACUGAUUAUCGAUGGAAUUUAAUUGAAUCUCAAUUAGAACAAGAAAUCGUCAAUCAUGAAAACACAAUCAUUUGUUUACAAGAACUUUCUCUUACUCUAUUUCCAAAAUUCGAAUUAUUUUUUCGUCGAUUAAAUUAUUCAUUAACUCAUAGUCUUUAUGGUCAGCAAUACAAUGAUUAUAUGGGUGUAGGCAUUGCAAUUCCUAUAUCGAUGCAAUUAAAAACUGUUUCUAUAAUUAAAAUGGGAGAUCACUUAAAAUCAAUGAAAAAAUCUCAAGGAAAUACAUGGAAUAUAUUCUUACGAGGAUGGAAUUUAUAUCAAUCUAUGAUGAGCAAAAUUAAACUUUACGCAAUUGAUCCAUGGGAACUUGCUAUGGGUAGAAAUAAUACUCUUAUUUGUUUACAAGUUCUUAUCGAUAAUAAACCAUUGUAUAUUGGAACAUAUCAUAUGCCUUGUAUGUAUAAAGAACCUAAUGUAAUGGCAAUUCAUUCUUCGGUUGUGAAAGAUUUAAUGUUUGAAUUAGUCAAUGGACAAGAUUUUAUUCUAGCAGGUGAUUUUAAUAUCAAACCACGAGAUAUCUGUUAUAAAGUUUUAACUGAAAAAGAUUAUACCGAUUAUACUUUCCCAAAAUCUAAUACUUAUGAAAUAUCUUAUCAACCAGAUACUCAGCAAAUUUUGAAAAGUGCUUAUCGAGAAAAGAAUGGAACUGAACCUGCUUAUACAAAUUAUGCUUAUACACAAAAUACUCCAAACUUUUGCGAAACACUUGAUUAUAUAUUUUUUAAUGGUCAUCUUACAGUAGAAAAUGUAUUGGAAUUACCAGAUCGUCCUCUCAGUGAAUCUUAUCCAGAUGAAACGCAUCCUUCAGAUCAUUUAAUGAUUGCAGCAACAUUUCGAUUAUCAUAA